AUGAUAGAAAAUCUGAAUGAGCAACAAACAUCCAAGUCAAUUAAUUUUUCUGCUUUUUUAGAAAAAGAUUUCAAUGUAAAAGCAUGGAUUAAUGAUGCCGUUUCAUCAAGUGUUAAAGAUGCAACAACAACUGUCGGAAAACAUUCAAAAGAGCAUGAAGUUCAACUGUUGGAAAAUAAUGUCACUAUUCUUAUAGAAAAAUUACAGUUCCUUUCUCAAGAAAUUUCUCAUAGACUAGGUAAAACAGUUGAAGAUGUUACCAAGAGCAUGCCAAGAAUAUUAUCUGAUUUACAAGUCAUGCAAGAGGAUACAAAAAACUUGAAGGUUGAUAUAACUAAAGUUAAAAAUAGUGUUAAUAAUGUUGAAACUGAUACCGGCAAGACAUUGUUGGAACAAUUGAAAUCCUUAGAUUUGGUAAAAUCACGGAUGGAAGAAUCACAUGCUGUAUUACAAGAAGCAGAAAAUUGGAGUAAUUUGGAGGCUGAUGCAAACAAUAUUUUUGCUUCAAAUGAUUAUCAAAAAGCCAGUUCACGCCUUCAUGAAGCUGAAAAAAGUUUAAUAAUCUUUCAAAAUACACCAGAGUAUGAACAUCGUCAUAAAUUGUUAAGCGAACUGAAAAAUCAACUUGAAACAAAGAUUAACCCUCAACUAGUUGUUGCUUUGAGUGAACAUGAUAUUAGUUCAUGUCAAAUGUUCUAUGCAAUAUUCUGUCAAAUUGGUCGAAAAAAAGAAUUUUGCAAUUAUUAUUAUGAAUCAAGAAAAGAACAUUUUGUAAAAUUAUGGCAAAAUGCAGCUAUAAUUGAUGUUGUAACAAUGAUGAAUGACACAUCUAAACAAAAACAUCAACAAAAUCCACCUAUAACGACAAUAACAACCUCAUCUUCAAACACCUUUGAUUCUCAAAAUCAAUCAAACUCAUAUAAAAAAUUUGUAGAAUUUUUACAAGAGUUUUAUGAAGAAUUAUUUAUGAAACUAAAUAAAGAAUAUACUUGGUGUGGAAAUGUUUUUCCUGAUACAAAUGAAAUUAUAAUAACACUUAUUGAAAGUAUUUUUGAUUCAUUGGAACCAUCUUUGAGUACAAGAUUGUUAGGUUUGAUUGAAUAUUAUGGUGAACAAUGUUUACCAGAAAUUAUUGAUGCCUUUACUUUAACUGAAAAUUUUGUGAUUUUUGAACCUUUUGUUGAAUAUCAACAUGAUUUUUCCGAAUACGAGAAGAAUUAUUUAAUUGAUUUGUUCAAAAAAACUAUUCUUCAAUCAACUGAAAUUUCUGGAUCUGUUGAACUUGCAAAAGUCAUGUCAGGAAAUAUUUCAAAAAUAUUUUACAUGGCAGAAAAUUCAGUGAAAAGAUGUAUGAAACUUACACAUGGGUUUGCUGCAGUUGGAUUAAUCAACUGUUUAAAUUAUUUCUUUUCUUUUUUUAUAAAAGAAUAUCAUACUUUGUUGGAUCAAUUACGUACAGACUUUAGAUUAAAUGAUUAUCAUGUCAAAUAUCAUAAACAUUCAAAAUCAUCUGGACAUAUGAAUGAUUAUUAUUAUAGUGAAUUUGACCAAGAUAAAUUACAAGAAGAUUGGUCCAAUUUUCAAAUUGGAUUGAGAUUAUUAUCAACAUGUCGUAUUGCAACUGAUAAAUUAAAGAUAUUGGAAGAUAAUAUUAAAGAAAAACUUGUUAGCAUGAGACCUUUGAUAGAGCUUGAUAUAAAUAAUCAUGACAAAUUUGGUUGGUAUGAGCAACAAUCAGUGAUUAUUGAAAAAACAACUUUUACAGGAACUCUAUCAUCUUUAUCAUUAUUACAACAAUCACCUCUUAACAGUCAUCAACUUAAUGAACUUUUAUCGGGAGAUAUAAAGACAAAGCAAGUCUUAAAACCUUCAGCUAAAUCUAUUAGCACUUUUACUAAAUCUAGUCAACUUCUUGUUUUUGAUAGCAUUUUUUUUCCUAUUGUUAAACAUAUGAUAAACCUACCCUCGAUGGAAAUUUGGAAUGCAACAGCAGAGUCUUCACAAAUUUCACCAUUUAAUAUAGAAAUUCCAAUAUUCAGUUUAUCACCAUCUGAAUACAUGACUAGAAUUGGAGAACAUCUUUUAACUUUGCCACAACAAUUUGAAGUCUUUGCUGAUGAUGAAUCAUUGGCUUUUUCUAUUGGAUCACUACCUUACAGUGAUGAGAAAUCAAUAAACACUACCGCAGCAGUGGCAGAAGCAGCCACCACUACUGUUACUACUGCAAGUAGUAUAGCAACAAAGGAAGGAAUCAUAAAGGAAAUUGAUCAAAAAGAUGAAACUAAUAAUAAUAAUAUACAGAUGGAAGAAGAAGAGUUUUUAACAGGAGAGGUCACACAUACUUGGAUUACAUCUAUAGCUCGUGGCACUAUGCAUGCAAUUUUUGAACGUAUUCUGGCCAUCCCACAAUUAUCAACACAUGGUAUAAAACAAUUGUUAACGGAUUUAGGUUAUUUGACGAACGUUCUUUCUGCUCUAGAUAUUUCACCAACCAGAGAAGUACAAAAAACUGUUAAAGUUUUAGAAAUGGAUGAGGAUCAAUUAUUUAAACUAUUAAGAUUAAGAUCAAAUAGUGAUGAUAAAAUUGACGAAUUUAUAGAUGCAGGUGAUAGAGAAAUUUUGAUUAAAGUAGCAGCGUUAAGAGGAAUUCAUCAUACACCAAUUUUAUUCAAAAUCACUAUUAAGAAAUAA